AAUGCAAAAAGUACGAUAUUCGAGUUGUGGAAGACACGAGCAUACGAGUCGUGGAAGAUGCGAGAACGACCGGGAGUAGUGUUAAGAUUAAUGACGAAGGAUGGACAAUAGACAUAGACUUCUACUAAGAGCAUUCCUUCGGGUUCUGAGUGUUUUUCUGGAGUGAAAAUGUAUUAAAAUUUUUUGAAUAGCACGCUCUAACAAAAGGCCACGACCACGCCACAAGCACAAGUACCGUCUUCGGAGCUUACUCAACUUAUGGCUCGAGGAUACAAUUCAUUUCCAAGGGUGAUUUUCUUCAGCUCCCCUCGUAGGAUUCUGAAGAAAUGAAGGCAAGAAACGAAUUUCUUUGAGCUCUAAGCGACGAUGAUGUGUGGUACAGUCCCGAGCAUGGGAAGCCUUUUUUCAAAGGAAGAAGUCUUUCUUCUAGUGAAAAGCCAGAUGGCUUGUUCCAAGAUGCAAAAUUGAAGGGAGAAAGCAUGUUGACCCAAGCUUCAGGGACCAAAGAACUACGACAUUUUGACAAGGCUUUAUUUCGGAAAAUGCGCACCUUAACUUCAGGGGUUCCGAAGUUUCCGGAUUUUGAAAGCGGUCUUUUUAACUUCCUGUCUCCGACGAGAAAGGAAGGCGCGCACCUACUGCAAAGUUUUGAUCACGAAACCCUUGCUAAUAUCCUCGAUCAGCGGCGUGGGUUGCCAGAAGUGGUCUUUUACCGGGAUUAUGUUGUCGAUGAUGUGGACGAAAUGGAAGUCGAGGACGAGGGCGCUCAAGUCGUCGACAUCAGAGGUUCCCCUUCCCAAGGGGGAAGCAAAAGAAAAAGAAUGCACAUGCAGGAAGAAGCAAGGGACGACGUUGAUGCAGUCGAUGAUGAACAGGAGCGACAGCAACGAAAAAGAGCAAGAUCAAAUUCAAAAUCCUAUGACAGCACACGUUAUAACUACACGGCUGCCCCCGCUUCUUGUCAUGAUGGGACACACGACAAGGCCGUUUCUUAUCAUGAUGGUGAACAAGACGAGGAUAUUGAAAUGGCCACGACAGCUG